AUAAUAUUAUCAAUGCUUAAUAUUGACAAUAUUGUGUGAAUGUGUGAUCAAAAUUCAAAAUUCAAAACUUCAAAACGUCUGAUCAAAUUCUAAAUACGAUAUAAUUGUAUUUGGUCUAACAUAGUAACUCAAGAGACUGACAACAUUACUGGAAUCUAACACAGAAAUCAAAAUAAUAAUAAUUUUUACUUCUCGUCGAUCUUUAUCAAUUUUUGUUGUAGGUACGAGAUAAAAUACUUAAAGAUCUUCUUUAUAGAUCUUGAGUACAAGCCACAAGAAGCUGACUGUUCUCGUGCACCACAAAGUAACAAAUUAAUAUAACAGAAUACAGACAUAUCCGGCUCUAGAAAUCGGUCUACUAUCACUGUAAGACAAAAUAUUAUUUAGAGCCUUCUCGAUCACAAACACUAUUAAAUUUGUGUAGUAUCGACGCGUUUUGGAUAAAACGAAAAACACUCGGUAAUUGUCUUCAACAGCAGUACUUCGUUUAUUGAAUUUGUUUUUCAAACACUAUGCAUGACUUAUUCUAUUGAUUUCUUUACUUUCCCUAACUUAUUAUCAGUGGCUGAUACUGCUAUAUGGGUAAUGGUUUAUUUGUUUAUUCGUUUUUAUAUGAUUUAAUAAUUAAUACGUUCGAUUGAAUUCAAGUACCUCUACAGCACUAUAACUGUUAUAACAAAGGACAACACUUGGCAUCAAGCUGAAAUUGUAGCAUCUAUUGUUGGUACCACAAUUUGUUGGACUUAUUAAUUUGUUUGUUUGCCUUUCAAAUACCUUGAUCAGUCUCCAAAAGAAUUAUUUCUCAUCAUGUCGGUAGACGAAGUAGAAUCAGAAAUCCAUUUCAUGAAAACUUAUGGUAUAAUGAAAUGGGAUGAACUAAUAAUGUUAAAUGAUGAUCGCAAAUCGCUUAACCAGAAAAUCGCUCUUGGGGUGGCUACCAAAGAGGAAUUGUUAAAACAAAUAAAAGUGGAACUAAAUAUGUUGGAUACGUGUCAACUUAAAAUUGAUCAAGAAAUGAAAGAAAACGACACAGAGUAUAUUAACACUGAAAUACUUACCAUUUUAUCAAACCGUAUCAAUGAUAUGUACACCAGUAUGUUUCUAUUGUUUCCUGUCGAAAAGAAUUCAUUAUCAGAAUAUAUUGAGUUCUGCUCAAAUAAUACAUUAUUUAUUACUAAAUGUAGCAACAUGCUGAAUACACUCAUGUUGAGAUUCCAUAGUGAUCCUGAAGUAUAUAUAACUGCAGCAACAUAUGAAUUUGACGACCGAAAUAAUGUUGAAUCAGCUAGACAAUAUUUUGCAGAAGGAUUAAAAUAUCACAAAAAUUGUAAGCGCUUAUAUGUAGAAGAGUUCUGGGUAGAAGUACAGCAUUUAGAAAAGACUGCAGGUGCCUCACUUCCAAUUGCCAUGGGAAAAUAUAGAAACCUCAUAAAACAUUUUGAAGGUGAUAUCGAGUUUCAUUUUAUAUUACUGGACAGAGCAAUAAAAUUAAGUGCAGUUAGAGAACUGCAAUGUAAUAUUGUCAGAGAUAUGGUUAGAAAGUAUAGGCAUAGUGAACUAAUGUGGCAAAAAUUAGCUAAGAUUCAUUUUGAUGGUUUUAUCUAUCAUCAAGAAACUGAGCAAUUACAUUAUGAUAAAAAUUAUAUAAGUGGUAUUAGAAACUGCAUUAAAACAUAUGAAGACGGAUUGAGAGAAAAUUUACCAUUAAAAAAUAAACAAAAGUUAUGGAACUUUUAUAUUGAUCACGUUAUAGAAAUUCGGAGAUCUUAUCGCAUGAAAAAAGAAACAAUAAGAAAUUUUAUGAAUGAAACAAUGGAGAGAGCCUUUCAAGAAGCACACAAUAACAGAGCAUUACAUAAAUCGGAACAUUACAUUUAUUGGGCUAAAAACACAAAUAAAAGCUGUCAUAAAGUUCUGAGAAAAGCAGUUGAAGUGGUGGAAGAUAAUGUAGAACUUUGGAUUAAUUUAAUAACAUAUUAUUUACACUUUGACUGUCUUGAAAUGGGUAUUGAAGCUUUUCAAGCCGGUGUUCGAGCUUUGACAAGCAAAUCGAUGCCUUUAUGGCAAAUUCUAAUUUUAUAUUUGGGGAACACUCAUCCAAAAUUGCUCCAACAAUUAUAUCAUGAAGGCUCACAUUUUCCAUUCCCAGAAAUUAAUGUUGUUAUCAGGCCUAAAUAUUUGGAAUGGAAUGUAGUUCACAAUGGAUUACUUUCAACUCGUGAAUUAUUUAUUGAACUUAGAGACAUAAAACCAGAAUGUAAACGGUUGUACACAACCAUGAUUUCAUUUGAACUCACUCAGAACUCAGGUAUUACUAAAUUGAAAACAAUCAGAAAAUUGUAUAAUGAUGUAUGCAAUGCUUUUGGCCAAACAGACAUUGGAGUAUGGUCGGACUGCAUUCGUUUUGAGUACAAAUAUGGUUCUCCUAAAUUAGUGAAGGAAAUUUAUAAGGCAUCAUUAUUGUGUUUAGAACCAAAGUUAAGAAAUGUUAUGACAAAGGAGUUUGAAAAACUUAAAGAUGAAUUUCUGGAGAAUGAUUCUAAAGAUGGAGGAAUUAUUGUUAUUGAUGAUGACGAAUAAUUUUAUAGUUAAGAAAAAAUUAUCUAGAUAUAUGUGUGUAUUUAUUUUAUUGUUAUUCAUGUUUUAAGUAGG